AUGCCGCCUUCCGACAUGCGCGCUCUGCGCACUCUCUGUAGAGCGCGGCCCCCGGCGACCUCCCCGCGCAGCCGCAGGCCCUGGCGCCAAACAGCUCCCAGCGCCUCAUUUUCUCACCGCAGCUUCCCCGCGUGGUUCGUCCGCGGCGGCACGUCCAACGGCCUCGUCAUCCGCCGCCAAGACCUGCCCCCGGAGGACGAGUGGCCUUCCGUCCUCCCCUCCGCCAUGGGGUCCCCCGACCCCGACUUUGGCCGCCAGCUGAACGGCAUGGGCUCCGGGCAGUCGUCCACGUCCAAGGUGGUCGUGCUCGGCGCGCCGUCCCGCGCCGGCGCCGACGUCGACUAUACCUUUGUGCAGGUCGGGAUCCGCGACGGCGCGCUCGACAAGGCCGGCAACUGCGGCAACAUGUCGGCCAUCGUCGGCCCCGCGGCCUGGGACCAGGGCCUCGUCGGGCCCGACACCGUGUCGGCCCCCGUCGAGACGGACCGCCGCGGCCGCCGCUGGGCCACGGUGCGCGUCUUCAACACCAACACGUCCAAGCUCGUCGUCUCGCGCUUCCGAGUGUCCGGCUCCCCGGCCAGGUACGCCCCCGAGGGCGAGUACGUCAUGGACGGCGUGCCGGGCGCCGGGUCCGUCGUCACCUUGAGCUUCGUGGACCCGGCCGGCGCCAAGACGGGCAGGGCGCUGCCCACCGGCGCGCCUGUCGACACGCUGCGGCUGCCGGGUGGGAGCCGGGUGCGCGCGUCGCUGGUGGACGUGGGCAACCCGGGCGUCUUCGUGUCCACCCACGGCCUGGGGCUCGACCGGGCCGCCGCGUCGGCGCUCACGCCCGCGGCGAUCGAGGCGGAUGCCGCGCUCAAGGCGCGCCUGGAGCAGAUUCGGCGCGCCGGGGCGGCCAAGAUGGGCCUUGACCCCGACGUCGAGAGCGUGCCCAAGAUCGUCCUCCUCUUCCCCGGGGGCGAUACCCCGGACGGCGUCGACAUUCGAUGCGUCGCCAUGUCCAUGGGCCAGGCGCACAAGGCCGUGCCGUUGACCUUGGCGCUGUGCCUGGGGGCGUCGGCGCGGAUUCCCGGCACUCUAGCUGCGGAUUUGGUUGCCGCGAGACCGGGCGGGAUGAGAGACGACGCCGUGACUAUUGCGCACCCGAGCGGCAAGCUCGACGUGGGCACUGAGGUGGAGGACGGCAAGAUCUUGUCGGCCAAGUUGUUGCGCACGGCGAGGGUCCUGAUGAAGGGCGACGUAUACUACUAG